CGCUCGCCGACCGUCCCGCAUGAAUUGCCGAAAAUCAUUCACGUCGGCCGGCUCAGCUCGGCUCAUUGAGUGUUGCCAAGGUUCCGAUUCGCUGCCAAAUUGUCUAGACUUGUCACUGAGACCAUGGCUGACUCGCCAGAAGAGAGGGCUCAUUGGCGAGCUGUCCUGAAAGCUUACGAUGGAUACAUGCAGUAUCAUCUCUCGGCUAAUCAUGCGAGGCGAAUGGCAUUUCUGCAGUUGCCAAAGGAAGACAAGGAGGUUUACGAGCAUCUUGGAUUCAGAGAAAAGCUGGAAGCGGUAGAUGAGGGUAUCAGGAGAAAUGCCGAGUUCAUCGAUGAGAUGAUUGCGGAUCCCCUGUUCGCAGAGAUGAUCAAAGAGCCGGACGAUGAGGAUCAUGGAAGUCACACACAUGGGUACACUCAUGGAGCUCAUUCUCAUUCUCAUGGUGACUUUCAUUCCCACGAUCAUGGUCACGGCACCGCCUCACACCAUCCUCAGUCGACAGCAAAACAACGACACGAAAAUGAUGUAGCUCAAGAUAAAGUCAGGUCAACACUAAGAUCAUUCGUACGGGAUUGGUCGAAAGAAGGCAAGACAGAGCGCGAAACAUGUUAUGUACCCAUCUUGGAGGCAUUAGAGAGGUUGUGUCCCCUCGACAAGAACGGCGAAAGCUCUCAUCGGCCCAGAUCACACAUCAGAGUCCUCGUUCCGGGAUGUGGCCUGGGUCGAUUGGCAAUGGAGAUUGCAGCUGCAGGCUUCUCGUCCCAAGGCAACGAAUUCUCCACAUACAUGCUCUUGGCAUCCCAUUUUGUCUUGAAUCAAACGACAGCUCCAGACACCUACACUAUCUUCCCAUUUUUACAUUCAUUUUCAAACCACUUGACGACCUCGAACCAUCUCUUACGCCGUGUGCACAUUCCGGAUGUCUGUCCCGCUCAAGUCUUGGGCUCAAGGUCAGGCGGCGAUUUCAGCUUGAUAGCCGGCGAUUUUGAGGAUAUAUACGGACCAUCCAGUUGGGACACACCGAGUGAUGUGACGAUGGGAGGAGAUGGACAGGGUCAAAGAGGUCGAUGGGGAGCAGUCGUGACUUGUUUCUUCCUCGAUUGCGCACGGAACCCAUUGACAUUCUUGCGAAUCAUCUAUACCAUCCUGGAAGACGGCGGCGUAUGGAUCAAUCUUGGUCCUCUUCUUUGGCACUUUGAGAACUCUCCGACAGUAUCCGCAGCUGGCGAUCGAUCCAUCGAGCUUAGUCUAGACGAGGUCAAGGAGCUUGCGAGAGUAGUGGGCUUUGAUCUGCACGAGGAGAAGCUCAUAGAGACGAGCUACACUGGGAUACCGGAUAAUAUGCUCAGGAAUACAUAUACAGCGGCUUUUUGGACGGCGAGAAAGAGGCCAAAGGCUUGAUAUGGAGCCUGAUAAUAUAUGCAAAGUCGCCCUUCGAACGACAAUCCAGCUGCCAUCCACAUGAGACGGACUAUGCACAUGAGACGGACA